UUCAAAAGCCGCACGAGGCACGAUACGUUGAGAUCAAGCUGACAGUUCCUCACACUCCCCUCUGCUCUUUCCACGCUGAACUUGGGUUUUUCGCGUUCGGGAUGACGGACUCAAAAGGCGCCAAAGUUUCCACCGUCGCGCCCCAGGACGCGAUCGAAAUCGAACAGGUUGAAAAUGACCGUAACGCACCGGAAUAUUCCAAGCUGGAAGCCACAAUUUUUACUACGGAUAUCGCGCCUCGUCCAAUUUCAAGAGACGGACAACAUGUCCAACGCCAUGCCGAACUUUCCGACCUUACCGUCAACGAGCUCGACCAUGGAUACGAAGUUAACCUCGAAGAGUAUCCGUUCGUCAGGAUUGAUUCCGCACAGGAGUUAUUCGCAGGAGUGCUGUACCAAGAACACCUUAGGGUGGAUCAGAAUUUCAGCGAAAAGACAUGGAUCGAAUCCUUUUCCGUGGAUGAAUCUGGCGCUAAAUGGUUGCAAUUGGAUGAGCAUCAUUUGAGGGCAUUGGUGAAAGGUGUGAGCGAACGAUGCAACAAUGUCGCUGCGCUGUCCACCUCUAAUGGCAUGCGAAAGCUGUCCGGCUCCCGAAGGGCUCUACUAUUCUUCCUCCCACUCACGCCAACGACUUCAGACGCCUCUUUCAAGAACACGGUCCCUAUGACUCGUUCAAGCACAUCCGACUUAUUCUCUUCACUCUCCCUGAAUCCCGCAUUCUUAUUGAACAUGCUGGGCCGUCCCGAUUACUGGGCGCCACAAUCGAGAUGGGACCACGAUGGCGAUCAUUUCCUAGGCUGCGAUUUCUCUUGCCAAUAUCCGCGAUGGAACCUCCAAGCGCAAGGCGCACCUCUCUCUGUAUAUUGCAAGUACGACGCCCAACGGGACCUGACCGUCUAUCUCAUAUCGCACAAACCUAACGACACCGUGAUCCGUUCACUCCGCGCGGUCCUUUCCAACACCACUCGCCACCAAGCACGGUCUCACAUAGCAAACGUCCUCCUCGAUAGCCCCUUUGACAUACACGUCGUAAUUUCGCAGCUUAAUUUUGAAGCCUCCAAAUGGCACGUGGAACGCUUCCGUCGCUUCCAAUGGUCCGUGGUGAAUAAAGUGGAUGAUCACCUCGCUGGCCUCGAAUCCAAUGACCGGUCCAAACUCAAACAACUAACGAAGGAACUGCAGAUUGUGUCACAAAACGCCGACUCGCACAUCGCAAACGCGGAGGUCUUUCUGUUCACUGUACGCGGAAUCCGGGAUAUCGCAACGCGACUACACGUCUCCGAACAAGGCCAAAUUCGCCAGCGCACGCUCGACAUCCUCGAUUUCGUCAUUAGAAGCAUGGAGAAGCAGCAGAUGUGGUUCUUGAACUACAAGGGGCGAAAAGAUAGCACGAUGCGGCUAGUGUUCAACCUCGUCACGCAGCAGGAUGCAUUGAAUAACAUAGAGUUGGCAGCCGACAUGAAGAAGGAUAGCACAAGCAUGGCUGCAAUCGCAUCGUUAACAAUGGUUUUCUUACCAGGCACGUUCACAGCCUCCGUCCUUAGCGCUGGAAUCUUCCAGUCAACGCCUAGUAUGUCGUCCUUCAAAGUCACAGGUCUCUGGUGGUUGUGGGUCGCAACGACGUUUCCUAUCACGAUUAUUACAGUGCUCUGCUGGUGGUGGUAUAAGGGGAAGAAAGAGAAGAGAGUGCUACCUAUUGCAAAAAAUAAUGAUCAUAUUAGUGUAGAAAGUUAGAUCAUCUGCCGCCGAGGGACGUACUACAGGGAAUGCGGAAGCAUUUCCAGCCUAACCAGUGUCGGUGUUCCCCCAAAAUCUCGCCAUUUCGUAAACACCGACUUAGCUUCCGGGAGAGUGUGGCAUUAUCUCUAUUGGCCACAUGGGUCUCCCUGCCAUGACUCCAAAAUGCAACUCCAUGGAAUAGGGGGUCAG